CUUGGUUGUGCAUACAUGGUAGCAAACCCGUCCGAGUGCCCUGACUCCACUUCCAAAACUACAGCUCUAAAGGCAUAGUGCAUGUACACGUAUUUUGCUAUACAUUUAGUAUGCAUAUGAAGUCUGUACAUUAUGCGCAGAUUACUGUGACGGAGCGCUGGCUGCGCUGACAGAAUAAAUUCCACAAUUGGCGGGCUGGAAUGCAGCGGCCGGACGCGCACGAACAGCCCGAUGCCAACGGCGUUUUAUACGAUGGCGAGCCUCACUUGGACGUCGGCGACUGGGCGGGCGGCCAGCCAGCGCCUAAAUUUCGCCGUCGAGGCCCGGGGUCUGGGGCUGGCGACGCCGGGCCAGCGGGAGUUGGCGCCCCGCCCCCGGCUGACUCGCAGCCGCACCCGGAGCCCAACAUUUGGGAGGCGGCCGGCCUGCCGCGGCCUACCGAUCAAACGGUUGUGGAUUUGGCCCGCUUCCCCUUGGAGCUGCAUGUGCCGUCACGGGAGAACCGCCGCACCCAGCAGCUGCUGCACGAACUGAUGGGCUGGUGCCUGCGCCGCCGCGACACCGCCACCGCCGCCGGCCUGUGCGCCGCGCUGUGGCUGCUGGCGGACGCCUACCCGCUGCGCAACCCGCGGCGCUACCUGGCGCGCUACGGCCGGCCCCGCGGCAGCUACGCCACCAACCGUGCCGACUUGGUCCGCCUCAUGCGCACCAGCGCCGAGCUGCUGCAGGGCGCGGGCGCGGCGGCGCCGGGGCGCGACCCGCUGCUGGAGGCGCUGCAGCUGCUGGUGCCGCUGCAGCUCACGGCGGCCGACAUCGAGGCCAGCGCGGCGGAGGUGGCGGCGCAGCUGGUGGAGGCGGGUCCGGCGCGGCUGCUCAAGGCCACCGAGCUGCUGACGGCGCGGCUGUCGGUGCGGCAGCUCAUGCCGGCGCGCGCGCUGCGCACCGGUCUGCAGGCGGCGCUGGAGCAUGAGCAGUGGGUGGGAGCCUACAUGCGGCACCUGGCGGCAGUCAUGUCCCGAGCCGCCGCCACCUCGGUCACCAGCCGCCGCACCCGCACCUCCCUGCGCGCGGCCGCAGCCGCCGCUGACGGCGGUGACACGCAGCAGCAGCAGCAGCCCCUGCUCACGCAGCAGCAGUCGCAGCAGCAGGGCAUCAAUCCUUACGGAGCGUACGGCAGCGGCGGCGGAGAUGCGGACGCGGGCGGCGCAACCGCCGGCUCAUCGGGUGCCCUGGUGCCGCUGGGUGGCGGCGGCGGUGGAGGGGCGGCGGCGCCGCCGCUGCGUGCGUUCGAGUACGUGCGUGACGCCUGGCUGCGCGCGGCGGCGGACCCUGCAGUGCGGGCGCACUGGCGGGAGGCGGAGCGGCUCAUGAAGGAAAGCGGGCCAGCGGGCGGGGGCAGCGGGAUGUGGUGCGGGGAGACGUGCCGCACACUGCCCGGCAACCACACACGCCUGUACUUCUACCUCGCCCAAGCCUACAUCCUAGCCGGCCGCCCCGGCGCCGCCGCCACCGCCGCCGCCGCCGCUGCCACAGCCGAUGCGCCGUACGACCCCGAUGCGGCGGCGCUGGCGGCGCUGACUCAGCAGCUGCUGGCCUCGUACGGUUCGUACUUUGAGAACCUGGAGGAAGCUGCGGGUCUGCCGGCGGGCGCGGCGGCGACGCUGCUGGGGGUGCGGUUGGCGGAGGGCGGCGGCGGCGGCGGCGGCGCGGCCACGGCGGGUGCGGCGACAACGGCGGCAGCGGCGGCAGCCAACACAGCGGCGGCGCGGCGGCCGGCGGAGGCUGCUGGCGGCUCGGAGGAGGCGGGUCCGGCGGCGGGCCGCGACGACAUGGAUGUGGAGGGGGAGGCGGAGGCGGAGGAGGCGCGGCGGGGGCAGCGGCGGGGGCAGCCGGCCGCUGCUGCGUCAGCACCCAGUGGCGGGGCAGCGGCAGGGCGCCCAGUGGCCGCCACUGCUACUGCUGCUGGUCCCGUUCCGGCAGCAGCAGCAGCACCAGCAGCAGCGCCUGGACUGGCGCCGGCGCCGACGCCGUCGGCGGCAGGGCUGCUGGAGGAGGAGGAGGAGGCGGCGGGGUCGGCGGCGGCGGCGGUGCACGCGCGUGUGGAGCUGCUGGCGGCGGCGGUGGAGUCCGACCCGCUGUGUGCCGCGGCGCUGGCAGGCCUGGUCCAGUCCGCCAACCACUGCUCCGCCUGCGCCGCCGCCGCCGCCCGCGGCGCGCUGCUGCACCUGGACCUGGUGGCGGGCGGCGGCGGCGGCGGCGGCGGGCUGGUGUGCUCACCGUACGAGCAGGAGGGCUGGGCGGCGGCCAGUGGCGCGCUGCUGCGGUGUGCGGCGGCGGCGGCGGCGGCGCCCCGAGCGCCGGACGACGACCAAGCCGCCGGACCCGGACCCGGCUCUGCAGCCGCCGCCGCCUCGGCCGCCGUCGCCGCAGCGGAGGCGGCCGUGGCGGCCAACCCGCGCAGCCGCCGGCGGCGGCGGGAGCUGGAGGAGGCGCGUGCGGUGCUGGCGGCCGCGCAGGCGGCGGCUGAGGCGGCGGCGGCGGCGCGGGAGCCGCCGGCGCUGCGGCUGUGGCUGCGGCGGUUGGCACCGGAGCUGGCGGACCGGUCGACCUGGUGGCUUGCUACAGCCUUCUCUCAGCCGCCCUACCUGCACUGUCGCGUGCUACAGCCGGCGGCGGCUCCGCCGCCGCCGCCGCUGCAGCAACACCACGAAGGCCAACCGCAACCGCAGGCGCAGACGACGACGACGCAAACUGUGGAAGCGCAGCUGCAGCAGUUGUUGGCGCGGCUGUUUCCGGGCGGGCGGCUGGCGGCGCCGCACCCGGCGGUGGCGGCGCACGUGCGGCACCGGGCGGCAGUGGCGGCGCUGAUGCUGGGGCCGCACAAUCUGUACACGCGGCACGUGUUGUAUGAGCUGCACCGAGUGCAGGAGGACCUGGCGGCGGAGGUCGACCUGCUGCUGGCGGAGGCGCGGCGCAUGCGGGAGCGUGCGGCGCAGCCGCAGCAUGCGGCGCACGAGCAGGUGCACGAGCAGGCGCAGGCGGCAGCGGCUCGCGCCGCCGGGCCGGCGCGCAAGCGCGCUCGAUUGGAUGGUGCUACUGCCAGCGGGCAGCAGCAGCAGCAGCAGCAGACGCCAGCGGUGCGGGCGGCGUCGGGUAUGGGGCUUGAAGGGGUGGAGGUGGCGGAGGCGCUGGCGGCAGCUGUGGCGGCGGAGGUGGCGGCACUGGAGGCGGGGCUGGAGGGCGUUGCGGGGGCGCUGGAGGGCGUGCUUGCGGCGAUGGAGGCGGCACGGGCGCUGGCGCGGCGGCUGGCUCCGGCCCCGCCUCCGCCUCCACCUUUGCCUCAGCCGCCUGCAACGGGUGCUGCUUCUGGGGCGCCAGCGCUUCUUGGGGCCGGCGGUGCUGCAGGUGGCGCCGGCAGUGGUGGUCGUGGUGGGGAUGGUGGUGAUGCUACUGCUGGUGGUGCUGCUGCUGGUGGUAGUGGUGGGACUGGCGCCGGCGUGGGGGCCAUGGCACAGGGCCAGGCGGCGGCUGUGUCGCUGCCGCGGGCACUGCUGGUGGCGAUCCCGCGGUCGCUGAAGCGGAGGGAUCCGGUGGAGUAGGUGGCGGCGGCGGGCGGCAGUGACUGGAUGGGCCGCGCGGUGCGCCUUCCUGCCGUACGUGUAGAGGAGCCCUGUGGCGGGCGGCGGCUGAGGCGUGUUGGGCCCUCCGCCUGCACACCGUCAUGCGCGUGAGAGGCGUGGUGCCGCGGCCGUCGCUGCUUCAGUUCCGUGUCGUGUGUGUGGGGCGGACAUGGAUGAGGGGCAUUGGCUGCAUUCCUUCUGAAGCGGCGUCAUGGCAAAGGCGCUGUGUGAAAGAGCAGGGCU